AUGAGCACUCGAAUGCAACAAAUAAUGAAGGUAUCAUCCAUUAAGGUAAGAAUGCCUUGACUUUCAAUGCCCUUUUGAAAUAAUUUGCAGCAUCUAAUAGGUUUUCAAUAAUUUAUAUGAUAAGGGUUUGGCUGAUAUGGCAAAGUGCACAAUAAAUUUAGAAAUUUCUGUAUGUUCUUAUUAUUAGUAAAUUUAUGCCCAACAUUUUUCAAACGCAUAAGCCAGAGAGCAGCAUAAUAGCGUUCGAAAUGCAUUGGAAAAAGCCGAAAAGUCACUAAAACCUAAACAGUCAGAAUUUAUCUGCAUUUUCUCAGGAUAAAGAGGUAAAAGAACUGAGAAAUCUCGUGGGACAACUUCGUUUUCAACUUUCGCUUGCAAUCGGCCAAACAAAUGAAAGCCAACGGAAGAACGAAAAAGAAGUGACGGACUCCAGUGAAGUUCUUAGGAACCACAUCCUUGGAAUCCUCAAAAACGGUAGGCACAAAGAGCUUCAAAAUUAAAAGGCCGAACGAAGGAUACAUUUCACCAUAUGCAGAAGUGCCGUUCGCAAUGGUUUAUUUCAUCAGACAUUGCAUGCCGAUUUUUUUCACGAAUUAUUGUAUUUGAAGCAAGCAAGGACAGCAGAAUUUAAUGGUACCACAAAAUUUCGCGACCGCUUCUCAACUGCUGCCGGUCGUUGCAUAACAGAAAUAACAAGUGAGAAAGGUACAAAGGUAUGAAUUUCGACAGAGAAAAUCGAUGUAAAACAGCAAGGUCAACGUGUACUACGCGCAGACUAAUCGAUAAAAUGGUAACUUCAAAAUGCAACAUAGGAAUGAAAAUGGGGAACUAGGCAUGCCGGGGAAAUAUUCCUUCAAAUUAUUGUAUUACUAAUACGUCUUAAAGUAUCUCCUUUUUCAGCCUUUAUUCCUACCCAAUUAGGCAUCCCUAGUGCCCUUGCGAUCGGGGAAUAUAACUUUUUUAUUGAUUAAACGCUAAAUACCAUACUGGUCAGAUUUUACAGCUACGUCGAGGAAUAGACCUAUUCCCUUUGUUGCUUAGACCGGAUUCCAACCAAAAAAGACAGAGAACCACUGAAAAUGAUUACGAUGGAUGGACUUGACAGUCGAAUAAAAGAUGUACUCCAGGUGCUGUUGAGGCAGACGUCCAAAUUUUUUGAGCAUAGACAUGUCUAUUUCAGCCGUAAAGACGACUGACUGGUUUGGAUAGAGGCUGUCGGUUUCAGGGCUUGGCAAGGCGCAGUUAAGCCUUCACGUACAGCAGCAGAAUACCAGAUAAAUGACUACCGCUAAUGCGUACGCCAAAGUACGCACCAGACAGCGAGGCAAAGUCGCAACAAAUGCCCUAAGUGGAAUUCCGUCAGGUUAUCAAAGUUAUACAUUGAGUGUCAACGAAACGAACAGCACUCACUGCCCAUGACAAAAGUUAAUUGCUGUAUAAAAUACACGGAAAUAAUGCCCAAGGCGUUCAUUACGGCAUUAAAUAAGAACGAAUUUAUAAGGGGUUAAGACUCGAAAGGAGACAAAGUUAACUGAUAUUGGACGUGCGCUUUUCCUCCAUGUUUUCUCAUAUUUUUGGCUAAUUCCUGGUCGGAAGUUGAAAGCUGAAUUGCGAAAUCAGUCAUCCAAAAUAUGUCGAUCAUCUACAUCAGCGAAAUCCACCGGAGGCUAUGCAGAAUUUCAUCUCUUCUUCGCAAAUGGGAAAUUUUGUCUAGUCUCAUAAUGAGGUCACUGAUGUGGGUGGAAAAUGGGAAAUGGGAUGUGUCUGUUUGUUCAAUUUCUUAGGACUGGGUCAGUUUCGCCCUCGCAAUACGAAUUGCCCUGAUGUUAUUUCCUAUUACGGGUUUGCCGUCGAGUAAUAUACGAUUAAUAAAUAGCGCUUUCGGAAGUUAUUUGGCUUCCGGAAUGUUUUACUUUCGCGACAUUCUAUUGUCAAAAUAAACCACAACUAUGGGCCGAACUACAAACCUGGUGAAUUCGGGUCGAUGGAAAAGAAAUCUGUAUGCACCAUGGGACAAUGCUUGUUACACUCACGAGGUACAAUCGGAGUCCCUUAUCAUAUAAAACCAUCAUUCAAGCAUACAAAGGUGUCGUAAACCACGACGGAAAAAAGUAACAGGAUGGUGGAUAUAAAAAGUUUUUAUCUCUCUCGGUAGUCUGACUGCUAGCUUGAAAACUCGGUAAGAGUAUGCUUUGUACCCGGGAUGGACCUAAUAAUAUACAAAACGUGCUACUGCGUUUAUAUAAGUAGGCUUUGUUCGAUCAUGUUUCCUCGUGUACUACUUAGGCCUUGGCUUCGGCUUAAUCUGCCUGUUUCAACGGCUUGUGUUAUCGACCUUGCAAUCAACCUCCCCGAGAACCAGGAGUUGCAGGAAUCCCUAUACUGACUUAUCAUUAUGCUCCUCACCUCGAACGUGUUAGAUAUCAUGGCAAAGUUUUGUCGCAAUCUACUGUAUAUCAGGUGCUGAGUACUUCGAAAUUACUUUAUACAAAUGAAGCUUUUUACAGACGAGAAAAUUGGCUUUUUCGUAUGAUUUCUAUCGCGCUUAUCCAUUGUUCGUCUGCUUCACGUGAUACACCUCUAUGAUAUGGGAUAGGAAGGUUUCCCGUGCCUGUUUUAGGCCUAUAGUCUUAACUCCAGACCAUAGGCGACAUUAAAACGCCUCAAUUUUUGUCCAGUCACCUCGGCCCGACGUAGGGCCUCCUCCAUGUAUUUUCUUUUCAGGCGACGCCUAUACGUCUGCGUCUUACACUUUCUUUGACGGCGGUCUGCUUCUAAACAAAGAUUAG